AUGCCAGCGUUGCGAGAUGCCCUCGAAUCCGCACGCGAGUUGCCAAUUGGAAUCACACUUCCCGGACCUCUGUUCCUGGGGAUGGUAGCGUGGUACAACCUCGUCGCGCCUUUUUUCAAUGGCGAGCGCAAACGUGCAUACGUCCUCUCGACGCUGUCGUCGUUUACCAUGACACUGUGCUCCUUUCCCUUUGUGUACGCCUACCUCAAUGGCGGCAUACCGGCUACAUCACGGUGGCGUCGUUUGGGACAUACCUUUUCGCUCACCAUUGGAUACAUUGCAUACAGGAAUGAGAUCGGUAUGCUUACCGGGUGGGUCCACCACAUUGUCUACAUUGGCAUCAUGGUCCACUGCGCCACGUCGAAGCAGUCGUGCAUCUUCCUCCUCGCUGCCAUAAUGGAGCUUCCCACCUUUGACCUCGCCAUCUCGAACCUUUUCCCCGGGUUGAGGUCGGACGAGCGCUUCCUCACGCUCAUGAUGAUGACGCGCAUCAUGUUUAACGCCUGGCUUUUGGCCGACUGUGCGCGGUCCUCGUCUCGAGCAGUCACCGAGGGCUCGUGGGUACCGAUCGUCGUCCUGGCGCUCGCGUUCACCCUGCACACUAGCUGGAUGCACGGAGGUGUCAGUGGAUACCUCCGCCGCCGGACCAAGGCUGCCAAGACCGCGAAGGAAGCCGAGGCAGCUACCAUCGCUGCUGCGGAGAAGACGCCGCUUCUGCUUCCAAUGACCCCGGCGCUCGACCCGACGACGCCCAGCCUCAACCCGGUUACACCGGACGAGUCACCACUGGUUACUCCGCGCACACCAGGUCUGCCCGCGACCUUGAUCCGUGACAACUUCUUCCCCAACAUCUCCAUCCCCACCAUGCCCAACCUCCCCAUCCCCGCCAUACCCACACUGUCCGAUAUGGCGGCUGCACUGCCCCAGGCCAAGGCCAACCUCAACCAGCUGCAGUUCGGCUUCGCGGACGCGGUCAACCGGCGGUGGGAGGAGCAGAGGGAGAAGCUGGCAGCCCACCGCGGGGCGCUGGCGGCCCGUGGCGAGGCUCUCUUACGUCGCCGUCGCUGGGAUGCGGGCGAGGACGACGAGUAG